GAGAUCGGUCCCGUCGUCCUCUCUGGUCCCCGUGUCCGGCCAUGGCUUCGGCAGCCGGCACGGCCUCGGGCGCGGAUGACGGUGGCCGCAGGAAGCCCCGUCUGGCGGCGUCGUUGCAGAUCAACCCCAGGCCCAGCUCCUGGCGGCCCACGGCCAGUCUGGGCCAACAUCCCCGGGAGCCCGCGGUCACCCCCAACGCGGAGAACGACGAGGGGGGCGGGCAGCCCCAGGCCUCGGCAUCAGGGGACGGUGGGCCUGGGGAGGGGGCCAGACUCGGGGACCUGGGGGCAGCCGGGGCACGGGAAGAACUGGGGGGACAGAUGGGGAGGUCCCCGAGGGUCUCUGUCCCGCCUGCAGGGCCUGCCAGGGACCUCCCGACGGCGGUCAGGCAGCUGGGCCUGCAGCUCAAGGACCCGCCGCAGGGCCAGGCCGUGGCCCUGCUCACGCAGUAUACAGCCAGUCUGGGCGUCUCCCUGAUCUUCCGAGAGGACCAGACCGCAGACCCCUGCUUGCCCUUCUCUGUGCGCGCCGAGCUGGAUGGGCUGCUCUGCCCCGCGGGAAAUGCCAACAGCAGGUCGGAGGCCAGGCAGCAGGCGGCGCUCUCUGCCCUCCGCUACAUCUGGAGUCAGCUGGAGAGCCCAGAGCCCCCAAAGACCCCAGGCAAGCCUCCAGUCGCCCCUCUGAGUGUAGAGAACAUCCUGACCCACGAGCAGCGCUGUGCGGCCGUGGUCAGCGCUGGCUUUGACCGCCUGGUGGACCAGACCUCCCCAUAUAGGGCCUGUAAGGGGACUGUGGCUGCCGUCAUCUUGGAGAGAGGUAGGGCUUGCCCUGCCCCCGCCUCGGGACCACCCCCACCCCCACCCCACGGACCCCUGGCCUUUGCCAGCGUGGCUCUGCCCCCUUCCCUUACAGAGGUGCCAGGCGCCAGGGGCCACGCCAAGGAGAUCUACGAGCUGGUGGCGCUGGGCACAGGCAACAGCACCUACGCCAGCUGGCUGGAGUUCUCCGGGCGGCAGCUCCACGACUGUCACGGGCUGGUGGUAGCCCGCAGGGCCCUGCUCAGGUUCUUGUUCCGUCAGCUCCUGUUGGUGACACAGGGUGGCCCCAAGGGCCAGGAACGGUCGGUACUGGCCCCCCAGCCUGGGUCUGGGCCCCCCUUUGCCCUCAAGCCCCGGAUCUUCCUGCACCUCUAUGUCAGCAAUACCCCCAAGGGAGCCGCUCACGACAUCUACCUCCCACCAAGCUCUGAGGGCAGCCUCCUGCACAGCCCGCCCUCCCCCCUGCAGGCCCACGUCCGCGGGGAGCUGAAGCCUGUGUGCUACGUGGCCCCCGCGCUCCGGGACACCCAUGUGGGCUGCCUCUCCGCCAGUGACAAGCUGGCUCGCUGGGCCGUGCUGGGGCUGGGUGGUGCCCUGCUCGCCCACUUCCUGCCUCCCCUCUACGCCACCAGCCUUGUCCUGGCUGACCCCUGCCACGACCCCCCAACUCUGAGCAGGGCCAUCCACACCCGGCCCGACCUAGACAGGGUCUUGGGGCCGUGCCUGCCACCCCCCUAUGCCCGUACCACGCUGCACCUGUUUGCAGGGCCCCCCGUGGCCCCCUUGGAUCCUGCCCCCAACACCUGCCAUGGCCUGAGCCUCAACUGGAGCCUGGGGGACACCGAUGUCGAGGUUGUGGACGUGGUCACCGGGCGUGUGAAGGCUGAUGCCGGCCUCGGGCCCCCCUCCCGCCUCUGCAAGGCAGCCUUUCUCCGGGCCUUCCGCCAGGCUGCCAGAGCUCUCGGGAAGCCCCGCCUCCUGGCCUUGAAGACCUACGAGGCAGCCAAGGCCGGACCCUACCAGGAUGCUCGCAGGCAGCUGGCCCUCCUCCUGGACCAGCAGGGCCUGGGGGCUUGGCCCUCGAAACCACUGGUGGGCAAAUUCAGAGGCUGAAGCCCACCUCCUGAGCCGAGCUGGAUCCUGCUGGA